CUAAACCUUUAUCACAAACAUGCACGGUUGCGUAUCAAAUCCCUUUCAAAGGUGGGGGGCGGGGGCCCACGCCCCCCUGUGAGUACAGUGGGAAGAACAGCCCGCGCGCGCAUCCAGCGCGAGCGCGAGACGAGGAGCAGCUGAAAGUUGAAUGAGUUGGACUCAAACGGCAGGUUUUCGGUGAUGACUGCCACCCGGACACUUAGUGACGAACCAAAGCCACCAACCGCAGCUUAUUCCUCCCACCUGAACACCUCUGAAUAUGCUGUGGACAUCUCAUUCUCUUGAGGAUUUCUUCAAUCUUUCCAGAAUUGUCAGUAUUGGGCUCCUUUUCUUGCAGUAGUGAGGGAGUAGCAUGUGGCCCCCUGAUGUUGGGCCUCCAGAUGUGCAGCUGACUCUUCCUUGUUUCGGAAGUGUGUUUGAGGAUGCAGAGGAUCUCCAGUCUCCACUGUCCUCUGGUGGAUUGUGCCAGCCAGCUAACCACCCUGGAGGCCUGUGCUGCCUCAGCAGGACGUCGCUGGCUCUGUCCUCGCUGGGGUGUGACCUCACCUCCGUUCUCAGCUGUAAGACAGCUGGACCCUGUGUAGAAAAGACUAGGGGGAACCUCGGAUCCACAGCUCAAACAGAGAGCAAAGGCAGCACCCACAGGUUCAGCAGCUACCCUCCAUCCCCCCUUCCGGUGUCCCACAUGCUCUCCAGCUGUGCCAAAACGUCUUCCAUUGGCUCUCCUCCUGCCACCAUCUCCUCUUCCUCAUCCUUCUAUCUUACCUCUUGCUUACCUGUUUCUGCUCACCAGCAGCAACACACUCUGCAAAACUCCAUCAAACAAGAACAUUCAGAUGAUUUCCCGCCAUGUAAAGGGGAACCAUUUCAGUUUAGCGGCCAGCAGGGAGAGCUGUUUCAUCUGUGCCAGGCUAUGAAAGGUCAGAGGGGUCAGGACAGCAGCCACACCCCUCUUCACUCCCCCAGGCACAACGCGAGUCCAGGGCAAGAGCUCAGCCUGGAGCAGCUGGAGCAGUCAUGUCACUGGAUUGACUGCAGCGCCACCUACAGCAGCCAGGAGGAGCUGGUCAGGCACAUCGAGAAGGUUCACAUCGACCAGCGUAAAGGAGAAGAGUUUGCGUGUUUCUGGGCCGGCUGUGUGCGGCGACACAAACCUUUCAACGCUCGCUACAAACUGCUCAUCCACAUGAGGGUCCAUUCUGGAGAAAAACCCAACAAAUGCAUGUUUGAGGGAUGCUCCAAGGCCUUCUCCCGUCUGGAGAACCUGAAAAUUCACCUGAGGAGCCACACGGGGGAGAAACCCUACAUCUGCCAGCAUCCUGGCUGCCUGAAAGCCUUUAGCAACUCCAGCGAUCGGGCCAAACACCAGCGGACGCACCUGGACACGAAGCCGUACGCCUGUCAGAUCCCAGGAUGCACCAAGCGUUACACCGAUCCCAGCUCACUAAGGAAGCACGUCAAAGCUCAUUCUCAUGCCAAAGGCCUGCAGGAGAAGGAGGUCAAGGUUCAGGUCCACGCAAUCCUGGAAUCAGAGAUCUUGAGUGAUUUUCUGGCAAGGCAGCAUCUCCACAGCGCCGUGUCCUCCUGUCAGGAGAGCACCUUACCUUUUGGAGACGAGUUCACAGGUGUUUUCUCCAACAGUAGUGUGACUCAGAACAGGGUGAAUCCAGACUUCCUGGCUCCUGCAGCAGACACCUGCUCCCAGUAUUCCGGCUCGGAGAGGAACUUUGAUGCCAACAAUCCCAUAUCUUCCUUAGUCAGCCCAGGAAGCGGCAGGUACAGACCAGUGUCUUUGUUUGAGUCCACUGACGUGAGUGUGCUGAGCCCCCCCAUGGACAGAGGCAACGUCCAGAAAGUCUACAGCCACCAACAGCCUGUGUUUUCUCAGCAACAAGACUGUCUGUACGCAGAAGGAAAGGUGGCUCCAGCAGUCCGAGAUGGAAGCUUUGAAAACUCCACUUCUCACUCUGCAGGAUUGGACUUGCUGCAUGACCUGCAGGGACAGGCGGGAGGCAGGUACCCCAUGUCUGCCUGUCCUGAGGACGGCUUCUUCUUCCAGGCCGGAGGGGUCGACCGCUGCCUCAGUCAGAUCUUCUCCAUCUACCUGGACUGAUGGUGGAUGUCCAAAGACCAAGCACAAAUGUUUUGGGAAAAACUGGACAGAAUCCUACAGCAACUGACUGUUCACCAAGUAGAAGACAGAGACUGGAAGAUUGAGGGUUCAAAUCCACAGUCGGGUCAUACCAAAGACUUUAAAAAGGGACCUAAGACUCUAAAAUGGGCCUCCCUGCGUAACACUCAGCGUUAAACGGUUGGAUUGUGAGGGUUUCUAAAUGCAGGUGUGUCUGCAGCCCAAUGCUCCCCCGGGCAUGGGUCAACAAAUGUCUCACAUCUAAGUGUGUGUGAUAAUAUACAAUAUUGAUUUCAGAAAUUUAUAGCAGCAGCAGACACUUUAAAAAAUGACUGGAGGCAAAAGAAAACAAGCAAACAUGAACGAAGAGAAAUGUUUAGAGGAUGUGUGUAAAUAAGAGAAAAUACAGUAAAUAAUGGAGCAUUUAUGAACUCAAUAGAAAGAUUUACACUUUUUCAUUUCUCCUGCUCUUACACUGCCAAAGUCAGACAAUAAAGAACACUAUUUUUACAUAGCAAAACAAUUCGUAGUGUAAUACAGGUUGAGUCAGUGUGUCAUCAGCAUGAAAAAGGCCUCUAAAAAGUCUGUUUCUGUCUAAAGGAUUGUUGUUUAAUCUCCAGCGUUUCCAGUGUGUCCCAAAACUGUCUCUGAAACUUCACUUUCAUUACAUCGAAACUUCAAAAGUAUACAUUUGGAAACAAGAUGGUCCGUCUUCAACUUCAAGACUAAUCAAUGAACUUAAAAGCCGUAUUAUCUGAUCUAAAAUUGAAAUGAACAGGUUAGUAAUGAACAUUAAAAUUGUCGGUAAAGGUUCUCAUUCAUCCGCAUGAUGUUGUCUUUAUGUUGAGUCAUGGCAUCUAGACUUCAAAUCUUCUUUCUUUAAAGGUUUCACCACUCAUCCAAGUGCAGAUGUGAUGACUCGGCAUCAAGACUGAGUCAGAAAUUUAACUUUACUGAAGAAAGUAGAGGAUUUUUACCUUUUUUGGUCUCCAAAUUGGUUUGUUGUAGAUGUGAGUUUAUUAAAUGAGCGGACAUCAUUAAAAAUAAAUAAAUAAAUAGAUGCAGCAGUAAAGUAAGUCAACACUGCCCCCUAGUGUUUCAAGGGCUGUAGAAGGAAAAGUUCUCAGAAUCAAUCUUUUUUCAAAACUGAACUAAAAUCUAUUUAAAAAGAAAAAUGCACUACAACCUUUUUAAAAACACGUUUUUACACUCUAAUCUUAUUUUUAUGUGUCUUUGUUUUGGCGUAUUGUUUUGACUUUAUGGCUACAUUUUCAGUAUUAUUUUCAUUGAAAAGAAGAGUGGACCGUUUACAAAUAACUUUUCUACACUCCAUCUUCAAGUGAAGACUGUAGUAACAAUAGGAAAAGUUUACACUGAUUUUGUAGCAUUUUAUAGAUUUCCUACUAUCGUUUUGUAUGGAUUACAUAAAAAUGAUGUUUUUUCAUAUCUAAAUAAAGAUCAAUAUUCUUCUUAAAUUUCCAGUAAUGUAUUACUUUUGCCGAAUUUCACUACUUUGUAUAUUAAAAGACAAAAAAAGUAAACACUGAGUUUGCAACAUGUGAAAUCUGCUUGUGAUUUUGCCUCUUGAAGCAGCAUUCUCAUGUUGUUUACAAGGGAUCCUAGUCUGUAAGUGCUGCCAUCUGCUGGUCAAACACGUACACUUUCCUUGUAAGUCAGUUGUGGUGAAGGCUAGAAAACCCUGUUGGUGCAUCUCUCUCUCUGAAAUGACUUAGAAGAAUGUAUUAUAAAUUAAAAAAUGUUACCACAACUGAGAGAAAAGACCCCCCCCCCCACCUCAAAAAAAAAAGGCAAAAAUGAUAACAUGGAGCUUUGCAAUUGUAUGUCUUGUCAUAAUUUGUUCACAUUUCUAAUGAUAUGGUAGUAACAUGUUUGUCUUUUCUUUAUUUUUUUUUAUUUAUUUAUCCUUUUUUGAAUUCUAACAACACAAAGGGGACUGGGAACAAAGUGACUGACUGCCCUUAAACCAGGAGUCCCCAAACUACGGCCCGGGGGCCAGAUCCAGCCCGUCUCCACAACAUUUGGCCCGGCCCCCCAAACACAAUCAGAGACGCAUAUUAAUGUAUUUAUUUUUCUUAAUCUGGUCGAUCAAAACCCACUCGCGACUUUUAAUUCCACCCCUCUGCAGUCUGAACCAUGACGGGACAGGAUAGAUAAUUAUUGGUUUAAUUUUUAAAAUGUUUCAGUAUUAUUUUUUUGUGAAGAUUACAGAAAUUAAUUAUUUAAAAUGUGUCUAUGUGUGGCUUUCUGGAAAACCAUAAAUGUUUACGUUUGUUACCCUUUUUCUGUUAGUCUACAAACCGACCC